CUGGUGCCAUUAGUAGCAUCUUCUUCGAUUUAUUGACUAGUUGGAAUUCGUUGGAUGUAGUCUUGCGCUCAUUCACGUUGUUGGAUUUGAUAUAUGGAUCUCACUUUCAUCAUCUUGCAAUUUGUCUGAGUUCUGUUCCGAGGUGCUGCACGGGUGCGCUUGAGUGACGCCUUGAGGUUUUGGCCGCAUAUAAAUAGUUUAGCCGCAAAGGGGGCGCUAGAACACUAGUUCUGCGUAGCGUUUGCAUGCGGUUAAUCGCAAAUGAAAGCGGCAGUUAGAGGAGCCGGUAAAAGUAGCCGAUUCUACUCUGACAAAGCGCAGCGGCGUGGAUCGAGCGGGCGCGUUCGUACCUGCAGACGGCCAUGGCAUUAGACAGGCGAGGGCAUCAAACAACCUACAGGAGCGACGCGUCUGAAAACGGCCUUUGAACUGCGUUUGUUGACACGAUUGAGUGUCACUGAGUCCGAGUGUUGUUUGUAACAUUCUUCGUGCAGGGGAUUCAACACGUAAUGAUACUCCUCCGCCUACCGAUGCGGGAUCGUUCCACCGGCUGGAUGACUACAGAGGACAGUUGGUUGUUGUCGAGUGAGAUGGCUGUGAGAUUCUGAGGAAGAGAAACGUGCCCCGACAUUGUUGGAGCUUCACCACUUCAUGCAACGUCAAGCAUUAAUAUUUAUGCAACGUCGUCCUGUUCUCUGCAAUGGCACCUCCAGCGCGUCUGGUCGUCUCGGUGUUGGGCCGUCUGGUUUACCGUCGUUUCCAGCUUGCUCUGUCGGGUACCCGGUGAGCAAGGUUCCCCAUCGGAUCUCGUCACCCCACGGUGGGCAGGAUGCCGCUCAUCUCGGUCGGAUUUACCGCGCUGCUGACCUGGUGUUUGGCGUCUGGGCAGCAGGCCCCGCAAACCAUCCAGCCUUCCGGCCAGAGCCAGAACGGCCAGGACCCGCCGAUGAGCACGCUGCAGCGGAUAGACGGGCUUCUCGAACAGAUCAAUUACGACAGAAAUCUUAGGCCGUACUUUGGAGGUCAGCCCGUGAGAGUGGAGAUGAGUAUGACCAUAGCCAGUAUCGACCAGAUCUCGGAAGUGGACUUGGACUACACCAUCACCCUGUUUCUGCGCCAGUACUGGAACGACGACCGGCUGAUAUUCCGCGGAGUGAACCGGACCCUGAGUCUGGACGGCCGGCUCGUGGAGAAGCUGUGGGUGCCGGAUAUCUUCCUUGUGAACGCCAAGCAAUCUUUCCUUCACACCGUCACCGUGGACAACAGGCUCAUCCGCAUCUUUCCCAACGGAGACGUGCUCUACGGUUUGAGGGUAACAGCAAAGGCGGCCUGCCCCAUGGACCUCCGAAAGUACCCUCUCGAUGAGCAGAACUGCACACUUGAGUUGGAAAGUUAUGGCUAUACCGACGAGGAAUUGGAGUUGGGUUGGAAAGCUGGGAACGCCUCCGUGACCGGGCUGGGCCGGCUGGACCUCUCCCAGUUCACCGUCGGAGAUUAUAACACGGUCGCCAAACUUGUCAAAUACGAAACAGGGAACUACUGGCGACUAGUCUUCAGCUUUCAACUCUACCGUCAGAUCUUCUACUUCAUUCUACAGACGUACCUUCCCAUGAUCCUCCUGGUCAUUUUGUCCUGGGUGUCCUUCUGGGUCAACCAUGAGUCCGUGCCUGCGAGAGUCACACUAGGUAUAACCACGGUGCUGACGAUGACAACCUUGACGUCUGCUGCACGAUCUUCUCUGCCGAAGAUCUCCUACAUCAAGGCCAUCGACGUGUACAUGGUCAUGUGUUUCCUCUUUGUCUUCGCGGCAUUGCUGGAGUACGCCGCCGUCAACUUUCAGUCCAACCAACGGGCUAGAAGAGAGCGCAAGAAGCUUAGAAAACAGGCUUCAGAGGACAAAGACAAGGAGGGAGGAGUGAAGGGAGGAUCAGCUGCCGCCAUUUUGUUGAGUAGAUUACGGGCGGCAAACGCAGUCAAUCGCGAUGGGAACGCCGGGACGGCCAACGACUCACUUCGGAAUUCUCCGUCGACCAACGCCUGCACAAAAAGGGUCAGCAUCGCCACGACCUCGUCUUCCCAAAACGAAGAAAACUGCAAAGAAUCGAGCGUCGGCAUUGAACUGAGAGCCGGUGUCGGGGAACGAAGGAGGCCGACGUUUGCCGAAGUGGCCCAGAAGGUUGCCCGGAGAAAAACUCUCCACUUUAAGGUUCCUGAGAUCAUGGAUGUUAACGACAUCGACAGGUGGUCCCGCUUCAUGUUCCCGUUGGCCUUCGUGAUCUUCAACAUUAUCUACUGGAUCGGGUAUGGACUGGUUUAAACACCGGAUCGGGUAUGGACUGGUUUAAACACUGGAUCGGGCAUGGGCUGGUUUAAACCAAGAGAUUGAAAUCAGAUCUACGGAUAUGGCGAUGCGGCAAUACACAGACCAGUGGAUGUGUGACUGGAGAAUGAUACAUAAGUGCCAAGCAGAAAUAUGCUGCUUAAGUUCCAAAUCCCAGAGUCGUUCGAAGGGAACAACCAAGGGGACGUAUAAGACGGAUUCGACUUCCCCAGAACAAAGGGAAAGAGUGCCGUGCAUAUCCCAAGCAAAUGUACAUAUCAAGAAAAAGAAUGGACGAUUAUAACUACUAAUGGAAACUUUAUCUCUUCUGCAUCCAAUUAUCGAGUUGGUAAUAACUCUUGCGAUCUUCUGCACUGGUGUAUCUAUACGCAAGCUGGAAAGGACGGUUACAGACACGUGCUGUGUAAAUUUGCAUUUUAUUGUGAAAUAGAUAUACACCAGGCUAUACCAUAGUUUCACAAUGACUGGUAAUGCUGGGACGAGGACUCCAACAUCAUCAUAACAUCGAUUGUGUAGAAUCCGGUACGCCAACGUCUAAAACAAUUGCCUUAGAUACACGUCGAUAUACCUUACGUCCCUAAAAUGUACUUUAAUCUAGAGCGUCCAUCAAGAGCUAAGUACCUUGUCGGCACAUUAUUUGAAAAAAGGAAGUCUACCUAACCCCCCUCCCCCCAUCGUGAUUUGCCUAUGGAAUCUCGCCUUUAUUUGGGCGGGUUCGUUUUGCUAAACGGAUUAUGAACAUUUCGCUCUACAGAGGCGUCACUUGUGUUGGAUGCACACUCGGACAACCGAUGGAUGUUUAUAGAGAAAUAUUCAAGUCUUAUAUUGAUACAAGUCGCGAUGGACAUUCAAUAUUACAUAUAUAUAUAUUAGAUGAUACAAGAUUCACCUCCGCAUCCUACAUGACAACAUUCCAUAUUCUGUACAGUAGAGCUCCGAUCCAAUUGAGGACAUAUCGUAUUCAUGCAGACACAUCGCGCCACUCUGAUCGUGACUCGCAUCCACUGCUGCACACAGGUAUGCAUGUCGGAGACUUUUAUUAACGAAUGCCCAGAUAUAUAACAGUUAUUUUCAAAUGAAGGAUUAUAACUCUCCGGACGAAGCCUGGAAAGACUUCAAUAUCGCAAAUCAAGUUUGCUUCAUUUGCAAAAGAGCGCCACAUAGCGGUUUGGGCUCGAAUGACAGAUGAGCUAUAGUGAGAACUCCACAAUAGGCAGAGUAGCGGAGGGCACUCACCGGUAAUCAUGAAAGAAGCAUUCUCAGGUGUAGGAUUUGUACUGCAGUGAGUUGCCGCGACUCAAUUGACUUUUACGUCCUUACGAAUAUAUCCAAUAGUAUGCCGUAUCGUAUAUUCUAUUCAUGUGUUGGGAUGCCUGUGGUCGAAUGUCGAAUGGUUUGCUGAAUAGAAUUGAGUGUUCAGUUUGGUGGCAGUUUGAAAUGAGAAACUGCUCGAUAUGAAUUUUAUUGGGAAUAGAGUCGAUAUGAUAUGUACUGUAGUGUUCGGACUUUCGACCAAGCGUUAGUAUUACAUCAGUACAUGCAGUUUGCUUUGCUUUGUCGCAUUGUACAAUUACACUACAUCAUUGCGUCAGCUGUUGUUACAUUUCAAAUAAAGGUGUUUUGCACUUUGACUUCCAUAAGCUUAUGGACAUCCAA